AUGUCCGCAAUUUCUUCAUCUACGCAUUCUACCCCUUCCUCCAAUACUACUACUUCAACACUCAAUCAAAACGUUAAAAAUAAUAAAAUUGAAACGAAAGAUGGUUUAACUACUUCUACUCGAAACAAUUCUGUCGGAACUUUUCCAGAUUCACUCGGUGAUAAUGUAGAAUUUACUACUUCUCCAGUACCCUUAACGCCCAAAGAAAAUUCAACUAAUCAACAACCAUUUGGUAGUAUUAGCAGUAACUCGAGUCAAAAUGCAGAUAACCUUUCCAAGUCUCAUGUCAUUGCACCCAGUUCUCCUAGUCAGCAGCAACAAAACUCAACUGUUUCAAAUAAAAAUAAAAAAACCGAAUUUCCAUAUUUUAAAGUUGGAAUUAGUGAAGAUCGUAACAAGAGAUAUAGGAGAACUAUGGAGGAUGCUCACUCGUUUUUCUAUGAUUUUGCCGGGAUUGAAGGUCAAGGAUUUUUUGCUAUAUUCGAUGGUCAUGCAGGAAAACAAGCGGCCGAUUGGUGUGGAAAUCAUUUUCAUGAGGCUGAUAAGCAGCUCAAUCAGAAUGCAGGGAAGCAUUCUGGAUGUACAGCGAUCGCUGCUUUCUUGAGAUCCGAAGAAAUAACGGAAGAUGAAACUGCUAAUGGUAAGAAACUCAUUAGCAAUGGCGUCGAAAAGAAACAAAAGCGCGUAUUGUAUACUGCAAAUGUCGGGGAUGCUCGAGCCGUCCUUAGUCGCAACGGAACAGCCAUUAGAUUAUCCUAUGAUCAUAAAGGAAGUGAUGCACAGGAAGCAAAAAGGAUCGUCGAUGCUGGUGGAUUUGUUAUGAACAAUCGUGUCAAUGGUGUAUUGGCAGUGACUCGUUCAUUGGGAGAUAGUACAAUGAAAGAUUUUGUUGUAGGUAAUCCUUAUACCACAGAAACCGAGAUAACCGAAAAUGAUUCAUUUUUGAUAUUGGCAUGUGAUGGGUUAUGGGAUGUCUGUGAUGAUCAAGAUGCGGUAAACCUUAUUAAAAACAUUGAUGAUCCACAAAUAGCAAGUGCCAAAUUGAUUGAACAUGCUUUAACAAAUUUUAGUACCGAUAAUUUGAGUGUGAUGGUAAUUAGAUUAAUGAGGAAUUAA